AUGCCUCGCUUCACUGUCCACAUCCGUGACGAGUGGCUGGCGGUGCCGUGCCGGGAAACCUCCAGAACCGUCGGGUGGCUCGGCCAGGAGGCCCUGAAACGCUACAUUAAGAACAAACCCGACAACGGCGGGAUCACGUCCGUGAAGGAGACGCGCUUCAUCGUGCGCAGGUGCCAGGGUCUGGGCUUGUUGGACGUGGAUGACGCCAUCGAAGACGUGCUGGAGGAUAAUGAUUUUGUUGAGCUUGCUAUUGACGGAGAUACCAUGUCUCCCGACUUCAUCCCAUGCGCUCCUGGAGUUUCCAAUCUAACAGCGGCAUAUAAAGAACCUGGAGAUUUCAUUUCUUUGGAUGGCAACAGCCUGACUUCCACAGAUCUGGUCAACUUGGGCCGUGGACUCUAUAAGAUAAAGCUGACUCCAGAGGCAGAGAGAAAAGUGGUGCAGUCACGGGAACUUUUGGACACUAUUGUUAAAGAAAACAAAGUUGUCUAUGGAAUCACAACAGGGUUUGGUAAAUUUGCCCGGACUGUCAUUCCUGUCAGCAAGCUCAAGGAGCUUCAGGAAAACUUGGUGCGCUCACACUCAGCAGGUCUGGGAAACCCGCUCAGCCCGGAGAGGACCCGCAUGCUGCUCGCUCUGAGGAUCAAUGUUCUCGCCAAAGGAUACAGUGGAGUUUCUUUGGAAACCCUUCAUGCUAUGAUCCAAGCAUUUAACGCAUCUUGCCUCUCUUUUGUUCCUGAGAAGGGAACGGUGGGCGCUAGCGGAGACCUGGCACCUCUCUCACACCUGGCCCUGGGGCUGAUGGGAGAGGGCAAAAUGUGGUCACCAAAGAGCGGAUGGGCAGAUGCCAAAUAUGUCCUGGAAGCCCAUGGACUAAAGCCAAUAACACUAAAACCAAAAGAGGGUCUGGCUCUGAUCAACGGGACUCAGAUGAUCACAUCCUUGGGGGCAGAAGCGGUGGAGCGAGCCGAGGCGAUCGCCCAGCAGGCAGAUAUUGUGGCUGCUCUCACGCUGGAGGUGCUCAAGGGGACGACCAAGGCCUUCGACAGCGACAUCCACUUGCUGCGGCCCCAUCCAGGACAGGUGGAGGUGGCCCAGCGGUUCCGCUCGCUACUGGACUCUGAUCACCACCCGUCCCAGCUUGCAGAGAGUCACAGGUUCUGUGACAGAGUCCAGGAUGCCUACACCAUGCGGUGCUGUCCUCAGGUACAUGGAAUUGCAAACGACACCAUCAACUUUGUCAAGAACAUCAUCAACACAGAGAUCAACAGCGCUACUGACAACCCUAUGGUGUUUGCAGAAAGAGGGGAGACUAUUUCAGGGGGAAACUUUCAUGGAGAAUAUCCGGCAAAGGCUCUGGACUUUUUGGCCAUCGCUGUACACGAGCUGGCCUCCAUCAGCGAAAGGAGGAUAGAAAGGUUGUGUAACCCCUCUCUGAGUGAACUACCUGCUUUCCUGGUCAACGAAGGGGGGCUGAACUCCGGCUUCAUGAUCGCCCACUGCACUGCUGCCUCUUUAGUUUCAGAAAACAAAGUUUUAUGUCACCCGUCUUCUGUGGACUCUCUGUCCACAAGCGCGGCCACGGAGGACCACGUGUCUAUGGGGGGGUGGGCUGCUAGGAAAGCUUUGAGAGUUGUGGAGCACGUGGAGCAAGUUCUUGCUAUAGAGCUGCUGGCAGCCUGUCAGGGUAUUGAGUUCCUCCGCCCCCUCUGCACCACCACCCCCCUGGAGAAGGUCUACGAACUCGUGCGCACUGUUGCAAAGCCGUGGAUCAAAGACAGAUUCAUGUCUGCAGAUAUCGAGGCCGUUCAGCGUCUCCUGCUCGACCAAAAGGUAUGGGGUGUGGCCAAACCGUACAUUGACAAGUACAAGUCAGAGUACAUCCCAGAGUCCCGCCCCAGUUCUCCCACCGCUUUCUCCCUGGACCCUCCAAGCUCGCCAAGAAAGCGCUUCCGACUUGAGUGACAUCCAAUUUAGUUGUUCCUAAAAAGUGUAACAAUGUUCACUAAAUGUCAAAGAUUGUUGAUUUUCAUGAAUUGCUCUUUGAACGUUAUAGAUUUUGCAUAAAUGAGUAAUGGUUACCUCUUGACUUUGAGGACAUUUGGACCUACAGUAGACGGUUUUUACCUGCCCAGUUCCCUUUUUAGUUUAGUUUUUACACCCACGUCUCUACCUCAGCCUUUCAGUUAUUGACACUUUACUGCUCUAAAUGUUUUCUAAUAAAAAGUUUUUUUCUUUACCCACAUCCAUAAUCUUGAAUUUUUGUGCGAUUUGUUCCCACUUGUGAAACUUCGUUGUAAUUGAGAAAUGUUUUAAAAAUGAUAAGUACAGAGCUGAGAAAAGCUCGUUUUUAUUUUUAUUAUGUUGUCUCGCUUUGUGCCAAGUAAACCUAAUAAACAUCUUUUAAUGCA